AUGGCGCCCGCUCGCUCUCCCACCCUCGCGACGAAUAACCUGACCUACACCUUUCCCGACUACUCCACGGGCAUCCGCGACAUCACGCUCGACCUGCCGGCCCAGUCUCGCACUCUGAUCAUUGGAGCCAACGGCGCCGGCAAGACGACAUUGCUGCGCCUCCUCGCCGGCAAGCGUCUCGCCCCCUCGGGCACCAUCUCGGUCGGCGGCGUCGACCCCUUCAAGGAGGGCCUCGAGGGCGUCACCUACCUGGGCCUCGAGUGGGUCCUCAACCCUAUCGUCCGCACCGACAUUGGCGUCAACGAGCUCCUGCGCUCCGUCGGCGGCGACGCCUACCCUGAGCGCCGUGACGAGCUCAUCGGCGUCCUCGACAUUGAUACGACCUGGCGCAUGCACGCCGUCAGCGAUGGCGAGCGCCGCCGCGUCCAGCUCGCUAUGGGCCUCAUUCGACCCUGGACCGUCCUGCUCCUCGACGAGAUCACCGUCGACCUCGACGUCUUGAGCCGCGCCAACUUUCUCGGCUGGCUGCGCGCCGAGACCGAGACACGCGUCUGCACCGUCGUCUACGCCACCCACAUUCUCGACAACCUCGCCGGCUGGCCCACCCACCUCGUCCACAUGCACCUCGGCCGUGUCAAGGAGUGGAACCGCGCCGAAAAGUUCCUCGAGGGCGUCGACGAGAAGAGCGGCAACAGCACCCUUGGCCAGCUCGUCCUGCGCUGGCUGCAGCAGGAUCUCGACGAUCGCGGCCCUCGCUCGCAGGCCGGCAUCGGGCCCGAGGGCAAGACCUACUCGGCUGGUGGCUAUGGUGGUUACGGCGACGAAUCGACCAAGAUUGCGAAGAAGUAA